AUGAGCAGCUGCUACCUGACAUCGGACGCGGUGGGGAUGGUCCCUUUGAAGGUUGUGAAAGACGAGAGUUUGUGGAUCCUCUUUGAACAGGGCCUCCCAGUCUUCUUCCUCUCCGCUUGUGGUGUUUGGUUAGCCCGGUUCGAAGUCCUGACCUACCUCAAAUCCCAGGGAUUCUCGCCAAAGAUAGUCCACCCCCCAAAGACACCCCUUCCCCCCCAGGGAGCGCCUGGAAGGUUCUCCUGGCCAAGGACAGGAGUCCUGCGGCUUUCUCCUCUUCCUGCGAGGACCGUUAACGCUUCCGUUCCUGGCACCGCCUGGCGUCCUCAGGAUUCGCCAAUACCUAGCUAUACAAAACGAUUAUUAUUUAACCGGAAUGUUAAAUAA